AUGGCAGAAAACAUGAGCUCCAGGAUAGACAGUAACCCGGUGUCGAACAUAUCCCUGGUGAACCCGGGAGAUCCUGUGUCUGAAUCUGUGGAGUAUAAGACUGUAUCUGUGUUCCUGGUGCUGCUGGUAUGUGGCAUAGGAAUUGUGGGUAACAUAAUGGUGGUCCUGGUGGUCCUCACCACACGACACAUGCGAACACCGACCAACUGCUACCUGGUGAGCCUUGCUGUAGCAGACCUGACAGUACUGGUGGCGGCAGGGUUGCCCAAUAUCUCAGAGAGUCUGCUGGCCACUUGGAUUUAUGGCCAUGCUGGUUGUCUGGGUAUUACCUACUUCCAGUACUUGGGCAUCAACGUGUCCUCCUGCUCCAUUACGGCCUUCACUGUUGAGAGAUACAUAGCCAUCUGUCAUCCAAUGAGAGCUCAGACGGUAUGUACAGUCUCCAGGGCUAAGCGCAUCAUUGCAGGGGUUUGGGUCUUCACCUGUGUCUAUUGCAUGCUCUGGCUUUUCCUGGUGGACAUCCAAGUAAACAGUGAUGGUCGUGUGCAGUGUGGGUACCGUGUAUCCCGGGAUCUCUACCUCCCCAUCUACCUUAUCGAUUUUGCGAUCUUCUACGUCAUUCCACUGCUUCUGGCUAUUGCCCUGUAUGGCCUCAUCGCCCGAAUUCUUUACCUGAACCCCCUGUCCCAGCCACCGGACACAGGCACUGUUACAGCCACCACCCUCAGAAGAAGCUGCAAGGAACCUGUGGAUACGGGCAAAGGAAGUCGCAGAGGGCGGCCGAAAAGCACGCUGUCGUCUAGGAAGCAGGUCACAAAGAUGCUUGCUGUGGUGGUGGUCCUCUUUGCUCUACUGUGGAUGCCGUACAGAACCCUGGUACUCAUUAAUUCCUUCGUCAGCAAGCCAUACCUAGAUGCCUGGUUCUUGCUCCUCUGCAGGACCUGCAUCUACGCCAACAGCGCUAUCAACCCAGUGGUGUACAACCUAAUGUCACAAAAGUUCCGCUCAGCUUUCCGUGGUCUGUAUAGAUGCCAGCAUCAGACCGGCCACCAGCGCAGUCUGUCAACACUCCAGACGGGAUACAGUGUAGCCAGAGACCCUCGAAACGCUCAUGUCGUCAACGGUAAGGAGACAGGCAAGAAAAUAUGCUCCGGGCCUGCCACACAGAAACCAGGCAUGGAAAGCAUUGGUGAGAAGAAGGAAACUACAGAGAACACCAGUGUUGAUCACACUGACGGUGAGAAGUUAUUCUUAAAAGCAAAAACAGAUGAAUCCGACCCAGUCCAGGUUCAAGGUGACAUUUCAAACCGUGCCACAGAGAACAUAAAAAUGGAAGAAGAAAAGAAUGGACUGUGCUUGGAGAAAAUGAUUAAUAGCCAGUGUCUGAAAAGUCAUAUCAGGAAAGAAAUGAAAAAUAGUAGUGGUGAUACUACCAAGAUGAUUCCAUCACUUGAUAAAAGUUUCAGCACAGAGAAGAUGGAGCUGGAGUCGGACGAAAUGAAGCCUACAAACAAGCAAGCUGAGCAAAAUGCUAAAGAGUUGAUCCACAGUGCAUUGUAG